CUAUUAGCUUUCAGGGUGAUAUUUUUUCCAAUUGCGGUGAAAUUUGGCGAUUCAUUUGUUUUUUUCUGACUUUAAAUAUACGUUGUUUUGGUGCACACUUCUCUUACCAGCAUAAACUACCGUGGAUGUAUUCUGAAGGAUGGGACGUUCAAGGUCAAGAUCGAGGUCGCGUUCCGAAUCUCCGGGCCGUAAGAAGAGGAGGGAUGAAUCGAGGAAGGGAAGAUCACCAGAAAGGAGAUCGAUCAGAUCUCCUGGUAGAUCGCACGAGUACAAGCGGCGAGACAGGCAUAAAUCGAGAUCAUCGUCACCUUCAAGUAGGCGACGAAGGAGAAGCAGAUCACGUGAUCGGGAGGAGAAGCGUUUUGAGUUCCCAUACAACAAGCCAGCGUCGGACAAUCGUGCUUGGUUCACAAUGGAGCUUCGUGAUGAGCUUUAUGCUCUUCGACGUGAGUUGGACAAGCUAAAGAAGAAGGUGGACAAGUUGUUUGAUGAUUUCAAGGAGGAAGUGGAUCGGCGCAAGAUGGAGUGUGUCAACUCGCUUCAGAUGAAGCAAGCACUGGACACAGCUAUUCGAGAAUCGAACGUAUCUCAGGUAGUCACGAAGCCGCCUGGAGCUACCACGAAGACGCAGCGCGAUGACAAGAAGAAGGCGGAUGAUUUCGCCAAGGUGAGUAGUGACAUGCAGACUCUUCGACGCCAGAUGGAAGACAUGCAAGAUUUGCGUUAUCAACUGGCAGUGAUUCAAACCACUAUCAAUACUCCUGCGCGAAGACCGUUUAUCUCUCCAAGACAGAAGGUAUUGUCUGUGAGCAAGACUCCGAAGAAGGUCACACCGAGCCGCAGUGCAGCUGCACCCAGCAGGAAGAAACCAGCGGGAAACAUGGACUUACGAUGUAGUAUUGUCCGUUCAUCGGCCAGGAGAAGACUCCUCAGCGGGAAACAGAUCACGGAGAAGAUGCUUAGCGCGCUGCAGAUGGAGGACCUGAAGCAGUUAUGUGUGAAGCACAACGUCAAAUACAAGGGCAUGCCGCAGGCGAGAGUUGCAUUGAGGAAAGUUCCAGGACUAGUCGUAGCCAUCACGGAAGAUUUGUUGGAUGUGGAUGAAGACGGUGAGGAGGUACAAGGCAGGGAUCAAUCGGAAGAGGAUCCUACGCAAGUAUCAAGAUCAUCGGAGGAAGGACUUCUCCGAGGAGGUCGAAGAUUCAGAAGAUCAGGGAACGCUGUCACUGCACAGUACGCUGAGUUCCGAUCUGCCAGAGGAGAGGGGGGGAAGGAGGGAACAGUGAGGGGUCAAGCGGCCCUGUCCCCCGGCAUGUCGGAACACUCGUCUGCAGUAGUCGCGUGCGAGGGUGGCUCCCGAGGUGUUGGUGCAGGUCAGGGCGGAAGACGACCACCGACUGCGGAGCCUCCACGGCGGUACGACCCAUCUUUGUACAGGCAGCUGGAGUCGUGGGAGACGCCACUGCCCCCGUCGGACGAGGAGCCGGAGACGGAAGAACUUCCAACGUUGCCUCUUGCCAGCGGGUCGACGCAGCUGUUGUCGCAGACGGUGCGAGCAGGCGGGUCGGCCAGCAACGAAGGCGGCGACUUCAUGUCACUGCUGCACCAAGGUUUGGGAGACGACGACGACGGAGGACUUGAUCUCAGGUUCGGGUUGUGUUCUGGCGGCUCUAGGGAGGCUAGCCGUACGUUCAUCAUCCAUGCCGAUCCUUCGCCACGUGGCGUUCAACAUGCUGGAAGUCAGCAUACGGAGCACUCCACAUUUCGCGCCGGUGCGUCCGUUACUGACGGUGUCGGGCAAACGGCAGUAGCCCGACAGCAUGGAUCGACUGCACCGUCCGCCGAUCGAUUGACAAGCACCUGCCCCGCACGCAAUGGAGUCGCAGCCGGGUCCCUGUGCAUCGGCGGUGCACGUCCUUCGAUGACCAACCGCACAACGCCGACCCAACCCGACCUCAGGGACGAGGGCGCGUGCAGACCACCGGUGCGUCCAGGACCCACUGUGGAGAACAUCACACGAGGAGUGUCAAACAUGUGGACACACAGCGAUGACGGCGACGAUGGUGGUGGCAGUGACGAUGUCGAUGAACAAUUUAGGGAGGACGUGGAAGCAGGGGACGACGACGACAACAUUCCUAUUUGGCCUUUGGGGAAGACGGGUGGGAGGGGGAGAGGACGCAGCAGAGGUGCUGUUCGUGGUCGAUCCGUUGGCCGUGGUGGCAGAGGUGGCGUCAGCGACGACGGCGGGAAGUUUGCGAUGUACUGGUCUCCGAAAGAGCAAAUGCAACUGGUGAGCUGCAAGCGGAAGCAAGAGAUGCACCUCGCCGGGCUAAGUCACAAUUACGGGCGGAUGCGAACCAAGGAGUGGAAGUGGGACGACAUUGCAAAGCGCAUGGCGAACGCGGGGAGGCCUAAAGACGCGGAGGACUGCAUGAAGAAGCGAGGAGCGGGUGGUGGGGAGUCUGUUGGUUGUGAGGCCGGUGGUGAAGGCUUCCCUGAAGAACGUUCUUUUGCGAGGGACUCCGACAUCAACGUCAGCAGUGGGGCUGGAGGCGGGAAGCGGAAGAAUGCGCGUCAACAGGCCUUGGAGUCGAUCGCUGAUGUCAUGGACCGCCAUGGCGAACUGAUGUCGUCGACGAUCCAAUCGUCUAGCAAGCGGCAAUGCAGCAUAUUCACGAGGCAAUGCGACAUACUCGAGCAGGAAGUUGCAGUCCAGAAAGCGCACUACGCGGCGUCCGAUGAGACUCAGAGGAUGAUGUGCCACACGCUUAUGGAGAUCGUUGCCGCCAUCCGUGCAGCGGAAGGGGACUACGACGAAGAGUUCACGACGGAGGAGGAGCAGGCAGAGGCGACCACGUCUGCAAUACGGGAGAGCGGUCGGCAACGCUCUUCUGAUCAGAGCGCUUCAAAGAGGAUGCUGACCCCUCCACCCGAGGCGCAGCAGCUGCGUGCCCGCGAUACGCGGACAGAGAAGGCCGUCGUCGUCGAUCUUGGCGGCGAGGAUGACGAGCCCUUGGAUAGACGUCGCAUGCACACUCGUACAACGGCGACCCCACCGCCGGCGGUGACACCACGCGCUGCUGUAAACGAAAGGCCAGUCUCGGGUAGGCUGACCGCCACGCCGUCUCAGCCACGUCAGCGCAACGAGGGUGGUGACGGAGGGUCCGUCCAACGCGGCGGCGGGGGGGGAGUCAUGGCAGACACGCGCGCAGUUGGGGCCGAAGCGGCAAGUGCUGUGGGGGCGGGUGGUUCAAGCACUGUGGCCCCCGUUGCGACGGCGAGAGAGGAGGCAGCAGUUGCGGCGGCGACGAGAGUGGAGGUAAGUGGCGAGAAGAAAGGCGAUCGGGAGGGCGGCGAGCCAGGUUCAAGCCGGGUACAUAGGGGAGUGAUAACAAAAGACCUCAUCGAUCGUACCGUCCUUUGGGUCGAUGACAAAGCUUUCUGGACGACGGGGGAGAGGCGAAGACUGUACAACAUCGUCCACGAUACGAGAGAGUACUUCGUCGCCAUCGCCAGCGGACUUCCACCGCCUGUCGUCCCUCGGAGCGUCGUACUGCCCAAAUCCAGCACGCGCGAAGGCAAGAUCGCCGACCAAUCACAAUUGCAGCAAGCGAUCUCCCGUGCGGCGGCAAUGGAGAACGUUGCACUGCGCAUCUUGCACAGCUGGGUGUUCAAGUCCGGAAACCGCCCAAGGGGAUACCACGUGGCUUUCCAGUACUCGCUAGAAUCCUUUGCUACGGACAUUGCGCGUGCUAUGUGGUACGGCGAGGAGUGGUGCGACGUCGUCAGUCCGACGGUUUGCGCGCACACGAUAGAUCUGUCCGGACGCCGACGACAUGGCGGCGCACCACGAGUCCACCGUCGUCUGCGUCGCGCAUGCAUUCCGCGCGGCGGUGCAAAUGGCGGCGCUCAUCGACGGCGAGUUCAUCUCGCACGAUCGUCUUUGUCGGGUGGCUGACUGCUUCAGGCUGUUGUUGGCGGCCUGCAUGUGGAUAAUGCGCAUGGAGGGGGACGACCCGCGCAGCCACUACGAGGCUUUCUACUUUGCG